AUGCAAGGACCACCAAGUAUUAUAGGUGUACCAAGAGAUAGUAAUCAAAUGUCAUCAUACUCCUAUCAACAACAAUAUCAACAACAACAACUAAGGUUUCAAUCAUUACUAUACCCAUUCCGUUAUGAGAAUGGUACAGAUAUCUCUGCCAACCUAUUCAUAGCAUUCAUCACUGUUGCAUCAAUACUCAUAUCACUCAAUCUCUUUGCUUGGAUCAAACAACAACAACAACAUGUUGUUGCAGUGGCGGCGGCGUCAGACAGAGAGUCGCAACGCUCCAAGACAUCAACAACAUCAACAUCACAGGCAUUGGCGUUCAAGCCAUUGAUAAAUAUACGAUAUAUAGCCAAGGAGAUAGAGAGACUGCUAAGUGCAGUUGGUAUGACUGUGUUGCUGUGGUGCUUGAUGGAGUAUGUUGGUGUGGUCGGCAUGCUAGAGAGCAUGGUCAGCGAGCCACUCACAACAGUAGCCGUUGAUGUACAACCAGUGACAGUGUCAUCAAUGUUGGAUGUGUCGACGACCAUUGGCAAGAAACAUAGGAUGAAUGAAGGCAAUGGUGUUGGCGAGGCAUCGACGACGAUGCUUCGAUAUCGUUACUCAAUCAUCGCCAACAGGUUUAUAAAUGUACUAUUGUUGCUGGCAUUGAUCGUGACCGUAUACUAUGUGAUCACAUUGGCCUUGGUGUAUAUGUCUUCGAGGUCACUGGCCAGAAGAUGUACAGUGGACAAGCGAUUGACCGUCUUAAGAGACACAGUCAUCGAUCAUUUUGAUAGUGUCUGUAGACAACUGAUGGAGAUACCAUGGCUGCUGGUCACACUAUCACUACUAGCGAGUUGGAUGAUGGUGCGACUCUACCUGGAUCGCAAGCCCAUUCACUCAAUCACUGGUCGGCCACCUUUUGACCACCUAGUCGACACAUUCCACCUUCUCUCACUCGGUGCCCUAUUUGCAUCCUCAGUCAUUUCGUACUUUUGUCAUCAAACCCUGCAUUAUACAAUGCCAACAAAUCAACCAACAUCAACAUCAACAUCAACAUCGCCCCAAGCUCAAUUGAAGAAGAGGCAGACAUCAUCACCAUCAAGGCCAACUACAACAGAGGAGAACAACGAUAUCCAAAAUAGGAAUAAGAAUAAGAAGAAGAGGAAUGCUCAGAUGACGAAUGAUGUUGGAUCAGCUGCGCAUAGUGUAGGUCAACAUGAGGAGAUAUCGACACAACUUGAUGAUCAUGAUGACAAUGAUGACCAAGGUGCAAUGAUAGCCAACGACAACAUCAACAAUGUGGAUGAUGGUGAUGAUGGAAUGAUGCCAACAACAAUCAACUUUGAUCAAAAGGCAAUAAUUAUGAUCAGCCAGUUGAUUAUGAUAUUCCAAUCAAUCUACUUUAUAAUUUAUUUGCACUCUGUGAUGGCAUUGAUCAAUGUCAAACAACAAGAUGACACACAACUAUCGAUCCUUACCCUGGAACAAAGUAUUCGACUACUUGCACUCAUUCCAACACUUCUGUCACUCUACAUCUUCCAAUCACGAACCGCCAGCAUGUUACCAAUUUGCUCAAUGUUCUCAUCCAGCUCAGUUCAUCACAAAACACAA